CAGCACGCCACCGUGAGGUCAGACCAUCAUGUCGUGCCCGGUCAAGGCCAUAAAUUGCGAUGGGCACCGUCUCAGCACCAACAGCUGCGCCGUCUCUCCUACCAACCACUACUUGGGCUAAUUGGGCCUGAGCUGCAACCUGCUCCACUGCGGGACUGAAAAGAGGUACCGGCGGUACAACGACAGCUCCCUCGUGCAACCUCCAGAAACCAACCACAUCACCAUGUUCGGCUGGACGCGGCGUUUCUCCACCGCCACCUCCCUCCUCAAAAACACCACCACAAUGGCCUCCCCCACCCUCCAAAAGCACUCCUUCCAAGUCUUCCGCGAUGUCCCCGAACUCAGGCAAUUGCGUCGCCAACUCCUCCUCUCCAAACGAACGGUCGGUUUAGUCCCAACAAUGGGCGCUCUCCAUGAAGGCCAUCUCUCCUUAAUCCGCCAAGCCGCCGCCGAAAACACCGACGUCUUCGUGAGCAUCUACGUGAACCCCACCCAAUUCGGCGUAUCAGAGGAUCUCUCCAGCUACCCGCGCACCUGGGACAGCGAUGUCGCGAAGCUCGAGGAAUUGAACACCGAACUGGCCCGCCAGGACAGCAAGAACGGUCGCAUCACCGCCAUUCUGGCGCCCACAUCUAAGGUCAUGUACCCGACGCUGCCGCCAUCAUCCGAGAUCGACGGGGACGGGUCCUUUGUCACCAUCACCCCACUUGCUCGGAAACUAGAGGGCGCGUCCCGGCCGGUGUUCUUCCGCGGCGUGGCGACCGUGUGCAUGAAACUGUUCAAUAUUGUCCACGCCGAUCGGGCUUAUUUCGGACAGAAGGAUGUGCAGCAGACCGUGGUGAUUAAGCGUCUCGUGAAGGAUUUUUAUAUCGAUACGGAGAUCAAGAUUGGGGAGACGGUUCGCGAGCAUGAUGGCUUGGCCAUGAGUUCUAGGAACGUUUACCUUGGUGCGAGGAGACGGGCUGUGGGCUUGGCGCUGUACAGGGCCUUGAAGGCGGCGGAGGAUGCCUAUCAUGCAGGCAAGGUCAAUCGGGCUGAGAUUCUGGAUGCGGCGAACGGUGUCGCUCAGAAGGUUCUGGCUGAGCAGCAGGCGUUGUCGCCCGCGGAGAGGGCGCUCUACGAGGUUGACUAUAUCUCUCUCGCUGACCCGGAUUCUUUGGACGAGUUGAAUGUUAUCGAUCCCAGCAAGGGCGCUAUUCUCAGCGGGGCGAUCAAGAUGGCUCCUCUGGAGGAGUCGAAGCCUGAUGAGGACUGUGGUCUCGGCGAUGGCCAAGUUCCGGUGCGUUUGAUCGAUAACUUGAUCUUCAAGCCGCGGGUGUAGAUCGAGGCGGGCACCUCAUUGUUCCGGGCCUCAUGCAAAAGCAAAAGUAUAUAUACCCGAUGUUUAUUACUAGACCCAUAGCUUAUAUAUAGAUAUACUCAAAAGUCAUACAUUUACC